AUGGGUAUUUGGGGUGUCUUGCGUUUCCCUGUGCUAGGGACUCUGCUUGGUUUGUUCCUCUCCUGGCUUGCACUUUCUCCGAUCCCCUGUUACUUCCUUAUGUGGGUGCUUAAGCGGCAGGCGGUCACGUAUUUGGAGCCUUCCACUGCCGUCACAGGAGGCUUUCAAGAAGCCAGCCCUGAUAUAUUGGCGGAAGAAAGAAAUCAGACCUUACCUGCAUCACAAGAGGGUAGAACAGAAUGUGGCUCUCCGCUCAACGACGCACCCAUGGAUGAGAUAAACGUGGAAGAGGAUCAGGCCAUCUCCGACUCCCAGCGUGGACACCGAUCGCGCUUCGCCGAGACCUGGAACAGUUCAAGAGCCGGGUCAAAAGUCGGACUGGAAGCCGCGGCCUGGAUGCGAAAGCGCAUCUUCAAGCCCGUGUGGCGCUCCCUCGUCUACACGCAAACGCUCGUCGACGCAGUCGCCAACUUCAGUGUUCAUAUGGAGAACCAGCGCUGGCUGCGUAGGGAUCAGGCCAUGGGGCGAACAGGGCCGAUCGCUCUUUAG